GCGCCUAGAAAGCGUGAGAAGAGAAUGUGUGAGUCCGCUGGUGAAUAUAAAAGAGAGACUGGAAGCGUGUAUCACUAACAGCAGUGUACGAGUAGUGAGAGCUGCAGCAACGAAGAGGAGCAAAGCGACAGAAUAAAUAAGAGAUAACACACAAUCUUCAUAUAUUUCAGGAGCCUAAUAACUAUAUCUGACAAAACAAGCAAGAUGUCUUCAGCCAAAGGAAUUGCUAUUGGGAUUGACCUGGGCACCACCUACUCCUGUGUGGGGGUGUUUCAGCACGGAAAAGUGGAGAUCAUUGCUAAUGACCAGGGAAACAGAACCACACCCAGCUACGUGGCCUUCACAGACACAGAGAGGCUCAUUGGAGAUGCUGCGAAAAACCAAGUGGCCAUGAACCCCAGCAACACGGUGUUUGAUGCCAAGCGGCUAAUCGGCAGGAAGUUCGACGAUCCGGUGGUACAGUCUGACAUGAAGCACUGGCCUUUCCAGGUGACCAGCGACGGAGGCAAGCCAAAAGUUCAGGUCGAGUACAAAGGGGAGAAGAAAUCCUUUAACCCAGAAGAGAUCUCCUCCAUGGUCCUGGUGAAAAUGAAGGAAAUCGCAGAGGCCUAUCUCGGACAGAAAGUAACAAAUGCUGUUAUUACUGUUCCUGCCUACUUCAACGACUCUCAGAGACAAGCCACUAAAGAUGCUGGAGUGAUUGCCGGACUGAACGUCCUGAGGAUCAUCAACGAGCCCACGGCCGCGGCCAUCGCCUACGGCCUGGACAAAGGCAAGAAAGGAGAGCGCAAUGUCCUGAUCUUCGACCUGGGAGGCGGAACCUUCGAUGUGUCCAUUCUUACCAUAGAAGACGGGAUCUUUGAAGUCAAAGCCACAGCGGGAGACACUCACCUGGGCGGAGAAGACUUUGACAACCGCCUGGUCAACCAGUUUGUAGAGGAAUUCAAAAGGAAGCACAAGAAGGACAUCAGCCAGAACAAGCGAGCCCUGAGGAGGCUGCAUACAGCCUGUGAGAGAGCCAAGAGAACCCUGUCCUCCAGCUCUCAGGCCAGCAUUGAAAUUGACUCCCUGUAUGAGGGCACUGACUUCUACACUUCCAUCACCAGAGCACGCUUUGAAGAGUUGUGUUCAGACCUGUUCAGAGGUACGCUAGAGCCGGUGGAGAAGGCCCUGCGAGAUGCCAAGAUGGACAAAUCCCAGAUCCAUGAAAUUGUCCUGGUUGGAGGUUCUACAAGAAUCCCCAAGAUCCAGAAACUUCUGCAGGACUUCUUUAACGGCCGGGAACUGAACAAAAGCAUCAACCCAGACGAGGCGGUAGCUUAUGGUGCCGCGGUCCAGGCUGCCAUCCUUAUGGGUGACACCUCUGGAAACGUCCAGGACUUGCUGCUGCUGGACGUGGCUCCACUCUCCCUGGGCAUCGAGACAGCCGGAGGAGUCAUGACCACUCUCAUCAAACGCAACACCACCAUCCCUACCAAGCAGACGCAAAUCUUCAGCACGUACGCAGACAACCAGCCUGGGGUUCUGAUCCAGGUGUAUGAAGGUGAGAGAGCCAUGACCAAAGACAACAACCUAUUGGGGAAGUUUGAGCUUACUGGCAUCCCGCCUGCUCCCCGUGGAGUCCCUCAGAUCGAAGUCACCUUCGACAUCGACGCCAACGGCAUUCUGAACGUGUCCGCCGUGGACAAAAGCACGGGCAAAGAGAAUAAGAUCACCAUCACCAAUGACAAGGGCAGGCUGAGCAAGGAGGAGAUUGAGAGGAUGGUGCAGGAAGCAGAUAGGUACAAAGCAGAGGACGACCUUCAGAGAGAGAAGAUCACGGCCAAGAACUCCCUGGAGUCGUACGCCUUUAACAUGAAAAACAGCGUGGAAGAUGAAAGCAUGAAAGACAAAAUCAGUGAAGAGGAUAAGAAGAAAAUAAUUGAGAGCUGUAACCAGGCCAUUUCCUGGCUGGAGAACAACCAGCUGGCUGAAAAGGAGGAGUACGAACAUCAGCUGAAGGAACUGGAGAAAGUCUGCAACCCUAUCAUCACUAAGCUGUACCAGGGAGGGAUGCCAGCUGGAAGCUGUGGAGCUCAGGCACGAGCCGCUUCAGGAACAAACGGCCAGGGACCAACUAUUGAAGAAGUGGAUACAAGCAAGAUGUCUUCAGCCAAAGGAAUUGCUAUUGGGAUUGACCUGGGCACCACCUACUCCUGUGUGGGGGUGUUUCAGCACGGAAAAGUGGAGAUCAUUGCUAAUGACCAGGGAAACAGAACCACACCCAGCUACGUGGCCUUCACAGACACAGAGAGGCUCAUUGGAGAUGCUGCGAAAAACCAAGUGGCCAUGAACCCCAGCAACACGGUGUUUGAUGCCAAGCGGCUGAUCGGCAGGAGGUUUGACGAUCCAGUCGUACAGUCUGACAUGAAGCACUGGCCUUUCCAGGUGACCAGCGAUGGAGGCAAGCCGAAAGUUCAGGUCGAGUACAAAGGGGAGAAGAAAUCCUUUAACCCUGAAGAGAUCUCCUCCAUGGUCCUGGUGAAAAUGAAGGAAAUCGCAGAGGCCUAUCUUGGAGAGAGAGUAACAAAUGCUGUUAUUACUGUUCCUGCCUACUUCAACGACUCUCAGAGACAAGCCACUAAAGAUGCUGGAGUGAUUGCCGGACUGAACGUCCUGAGGAUCAUCAACGAGCCCACGGCCGCGGCCAUCGCCUACGGCCUGGACAAAGGCAAGAAAGGAGAGCGCAAUGUCCUGAUCUUUGACCUGGGAGGCGGAACCUUCGAUGUGUCCAUUCUUACCAUCGAAGACGGCAUCUUUGAAGUCAAAGCCACAGCGGGAGACACUCACCUGGGCGGAGAAGACUUUGACAACCGCCUGGUCAACCACUUUGUGGAGGAAUUCAGGAGGAAGCACAAGAAGGACAUCAGCCAGAACAAGCGAGCCCUGAGGAGGCUGCAUACAGCCUGUGAGAGAGCCAAGAGAACCCUGUCCUCCAGCUCUCAGGCCAGCAUUGAAAUUGACUCCCUGUAUGAGGGCACUGACUUCUACACUUCCAUCACCAGAGCACGCUUUAAAGAGUUGUGUUCAGACCUGUUCAGAGGUACGCUAGAGCCGGUGGAGAAGGCCCUGCGAGAUGCCAAGGUGGACAAAUCCCAGAUCCAUGAAAUUGUCCUGGUUGGAGGUUCUACAAGAAUCCCCAAGAUCCAGAAACUUCUGCAGGACUUCUUUAACGGCCGGGAACUGAACAAAAGCAUCAACCCAGACGAGGCGGUAGCUUACGGUGCCGCGGUUCAAGCUGCCAUCCUUAUGGGUGACACCUCUGGAAAUGUCCAGGACUUGCUGCUGCUGGAUGUGGCUCCACUCUCCCUGGGCAUUGAGACAGCAGGAGGAGUCAUGACCACUCUCAUCAAACGCAACACCACCAUCCCCACCAAGCAGAUGCAAAUCUUCAGCACUUACACAGACAACCAGCCUGGGGUUCUGAUCCAGGUGUAUGAAGGAGAGAGCCAUGACCAAAGACAACAACCUACUGGGGAAGUUUGAUCUGAUGGCAUCCCGCCUGCUCCACGUGGAGUUCCUCAGAUCGAAGUCACCUUCGACAUAGACGCCAACGGCAUUCUGAACGUGUCCGCCGUGGACAAAAGCACAGGCAAAGAGAAUAAGAUCACCAUCACCAAUGACAAGGGCAGGCUGAGCAAGGAGGAGAUUGAGAGGAUGGUGCAGGAAGCAGAUAGGUACAAAGCAGAAGACGACCUUCAGAGAGAGAAGAUCACGGCCAAGAACUCCCUGGAGUCGUACGCCUUUAACAUGAAAAACAGCGUGGAAGAUGAAAGCAUGAAAGGCAAAAUCAGUGAAGAGGACAAGAAAAAAGUAAUUGAGAAGUGUAACCAGGCCAUUUCCUGGCUGGAGAACAACCAGCUGGCCGAAAAGGAGGAGUACGAACAUCAGCUGAAGGAACUGGAGAAUGUCUGCAAGCCCAUCAUCACUAAGCUGUACCAGGGAGGGAUGCCAGCUGGAGGCUGUGGAGCUCAGGCACCAUCUGGUUCAGAUGCCCAGGGACCGACUAUUGAAGAAGUGGAUUAAUGAAAUAAGAUCAAAUUAACUUCACAGCUGAAGCAUUCUUUUGGUCUUUCUAAGCACUUUCUGGUUUGGCAUCUUUUUUAGUAAAUUUGCAACAUGUUAAAACUCUUGUUAAUUUGCACAUGAGAGGUCGGUCUCUUGUAACUGUAGUAAUUAACUUUUAAACAAAUGUAAAUAUUGGUUUGAAUGCAAUUUAGAAGUUUAUUUUUUUUACUCUGGAUAAUUGAAGACAGGCCAUAUAAUGACCCAAUGCAGAUACUGACCACCAUUCACCAGCAGAGGUCAGGAUUUGUCUGAAUUGGGAAAAAGUUGUCAUCUUGGAGUCAACAAUAAAAUGCA